GUUGCAAAUUUAUCUGAAUUUUAUUCAUUCACGUUAGGAAGACGACUUGUACUCAAAAGGGUUAGAAAAGAUACUCGUACUAUUAAUAUAAGGAAACAUUUGUUCUAGUUACUAAAAAAUAAAGAAAUUAAUAAUUAGCAUCUUUAAAAGUUUAACUAAAUUAUCUUGAAAAAUGAUCAAAUUAAUUAUAUUAUUUUUGAUAUACUACUCUCCUUAUCUGAAUGCAUCUUCUCAAUUCAAGAUCUAUGGAGAUUUAUGCGAAUCUGAUAGGAAUUGUACAAAAGAAUCAUCAGUGUGUCUCAAGCUUGCACAGGAUGAGGCGAGACAAUGCAAGAUAGGAUAUUGCGCCUGUGCUAAUGGUUAUUAUAUGUCGGAGGAAGAAUGCAAGAAACAGAGUGGGUACCUUCUAUUUUCUAAAUACGUUUUAUCUUAUUUCGUUAAAAUAUAUUUAGAAAGUUAUAACGAAAAUUGCGACAAAGAUAUAGCUUGUGCCAGAAACUUAGUGUGUGUGAAUAAUAAAUGUGCAUGUAGAGAUUUAUUCGAAAGAGAUCCUUCAAACCCUUCUUCUUGUGUUUUGAAAGAGAAUGAAAAAAAAGCACUUGGGGAAUCAUGUCUUGCUAGCGUACAGUGCGUUAAAAAUGGAUUAAAGCAUGCCGCAUGUUUCAUCUUUCAAUGCAAGUGUGCUGUAUCUUAUACAACAGUUGGUGACAAGUGUAUUGAACAAAAAUACGAUGAUAACUGUAAAGAUGGUACUAUAUCCGAGAAAUGUAAAGGACUUGGAGACACCAAUAUGAUGUGCACAGCUAAUGAUAUUUGCAAAUGUAAAGAUGGUUAUGAACGUAAAAGAAAUGGUUGUUUUAAAAUCGGCUCCAUUUAUGAUAGAGAUGUUGGUGAAAGUUGUUCUAUACACGACAUAGGAAAUAUUAAUCGUGUAGCAAUGUGCAAAGAGGAUUCAGUUUGCCAGGUUUGCUCACACAAACCUACUAGUCUUCCAAAAUGUGUUAGAACAAAAAGUCAUCUUGGAGAAGUUUGCAAUCUGCAGAUUGGUUGUGCUGAUGGUAGUGGAUCUUGUAACCAAUAUGGUUCGGAUUACACUAACAAGUGUAAAUACGGUGUAUGUACAUGCGGCAGCUUUAGUAAUCAGGUUGAUGAUAAAUGCUACUCAACUAAGACUUUUAAUCAGAGUUGCGAGUUGGAUAAUCCUAAAAAUGAAUGUAGGAAAGAAUAUCAUCUAUUCUGUAAUGAUAGUAUAUGUAUUUGCGAUAAGGGAUACGAACAAAAUAUGAUAAAUAUGAGAAAAUGUUAUAUAAAAUCAAGUCAAGCGAAACGUUUAGGUGAAAAAUGUAAGCAUGCGGAUGAAUGUGUUAAAGGCAGACUACGAAAUGCAACCUGUAAAGACGGAAGAUGCGUUUGUAAAGCGCAAUACACAACACACGGCUUUAGAUGUAUAAAACAAGAACACGGCCAAUCUUGUAAACAUGGUAGAGAGGGAGAAAAAUGUAGAGGAACACUCGAUAAAAAUUUAUUAUCUGUCUUUAACAGAACGUUUAGUCAAAGUUGUACAGCAAAACCGAAAGGCAGAAGCAAACCUGUUCAAAUAUGUAAAUCUGGGUUACUUUGUCAAAAGUGUAACUAUUCCCCCCUAAGACCCCGCUGUGUAAGAACCGAUGAAUCAAUCUCGUCCUAUUCAGAAAAUUUGAAAGCAGCAGCAAGCGAUACUUUAAAUAUUUUUCAAAUUGGAAUGAUUUAUUAUUUCAUAUUUAUUUAA